AUGUCCACCUCCACCUCCAACAGAAACAACAACAAAAACUACACCGACCUCCACCUCGCCCGCAGCCACGCCACCGAAGGCGAUGUCCCGGGCACAGUCAACCUACGGGCAGCCGAAGGCGACGACGUGGCCUUAGGACAAGCCUUAUUCCCCGUCCCAUCGCACGACCCCAAUGAUCCUCUGCAGUGGGAGGCGUGGAAGAAGACGACGAUUCUGGUGGUGGUGUCGCUGUAUUCGUUUGUGUCGAAUACGGCGCUGUUGGGCCCGUCGACGUAUAUUGGGAUUUAUGCGCAGGAAUUUGGGAUUACGCCGACGAAAGCUUCGGGUUUGAUUUCGUAUCCGAAUAUCCUCUACGGCUGCGGCACACUCAUCACCGUACCCAUGUAUCUGAAAUUUGGACGAAGACCCGUCAUGCUGUUGAGUCUGGUCGUCUAUCUCGCCGGCCUGAUCGGUUGCAGUCAAGCCACAUCAUAUGGGGGACUCAUGACCGCGCGCAUCUUUGCUAGUCUCGCGAGCGGCGUGUGCGAAGCAUUACCGGUCCAGCUGGUGAACGACAUAUUCUAUUUGCACGAACGAGCAACCAAGUUAGGCAUAUAUACCGUUGCUCUCUGCCUGGGAGCUACUGGUCCAUUAUACGCUGGCUACAUGCUCGCAGGAGGCUACAGCUGGAGACUGUACUUUUACGUGGAGAUUGCCCUCGCGGGCGCCCUGCUCAUCACGGCAUUCCUCUUCGUCGAAGAGUCGGGAUACAAAAGACCACCCCCGACCUCUGACGCUUUGGAAAUGUCCAGCGAAAAGUCAAAGAAUCACACCGAGCAUGUCGAGAUCAGCUAUGUGCCCAUCCCGGCGCGACGGAGCUUUUGGCAAACUGUCACCUUCUGGAGCCCGGUCGAUCACGAGGUUGAGUUUUUCUGGACGGCGAUUCGUUCCUUUUCGUAUUUCCUGGUGCCUUCGGUGCUGUGGGUGGUCAGUACAUAUGGCAUCUACAUUGGACUGGGGGCUUUGACCUUCAAUUACACAUUCCCCAUGUUGAUCACCGUGCCUCCGUACAACUGGUCCCAGGAGAACUCGGGCCUCGUUUGCUUGGGCAAUGUCAUCGGAUACGCGCUGGCCAUUCCCCUGUUGUUCACAUUCGAUCGCCUUGCAGCUUACCUGACCAAGCGUAACGGAGAUAUCCGAGAGGCGGAGAUGAGACUCGGUGUGAUGCUGCCUGCAGCAUUGAUCGCCCCGGCGGGAUUGAUCGUGUACGGCAUGACUGCCGAGCGCCACUUGCACUGGAUUGGCUACUUCUUUGGGGUUGCCAUGUGUAAUUGGGGGGCCUAUUUCUACUUCACGGGAACGUUAGCGUAUGCCGUCGACUCGUACAAUGCCAACGUCUCGGAGAUGCUCAUCGCCAUGUGUGUUGGCAAGCAGCUCAUCAGCUUCGCAUUCGGAGUAUAUCUGCUCGACUGGGUGCAACAGUCAGGGUACGCUGUCAUCAUUGCAGGCGUCUUUUGUGGAGUGCUACUGGGCAACAAUCUGUGCGUCCUGCUCUUCAUGUUCUUCGGGAAGAGGAUGCGACGCUAUUUCGCAGGCACUGCUCUGGCAAGGCUGCACAAGAAGAGCAUUCGACAGGUCAUGGCUCAUUGA